ACCUUGAAUGGUAUGCCUGUAGACUUGUUGUGUUUUCUGUUACUCCAAUCGCCAUCUUGUUGCCAGUGAAGUAAUGUGUUUCUGAUGUAUUUCGGGAGCGCUCUGGAUGUCUUAUGACUGCGUUUGGAAGCAAGUGGAUUAUACUGUGAAUAGUCAACCACGCGUAUCCGCACCGGGCUUUGCAUACAACGUUAAAUUCUGAAUAGGAGCGCACCGUGUCGGUGUUUAAAAUGAGUAUCGAUACUCUAUUGGAAGCGGCCAGGUAUUUGGAGUGGCAAGCCCAGCAACAACAGAUUACACGUGAGGAGGAGGAACGUCGAGAGAAGACCAAGCUGUCCCGUGAGGCCGAGCAGAAGCUCUUAAACCCCAUAAUCCAACCUGUCCAAAUCAACCAUGUGACCUGGACCGAAGACUUGUGGCCGCAGCAACAUCACCAGCAUCACCCUCCGGUGGUCCCGCCCCCUCCGCUCCCACCACCUGUAUCCAUCGCUGUCAUUCCCAUCCCGGUGGUCGCCGCCAACCCUGCGGCUCCUUCAAUACAGACAUCUGCACCUCUUCAUGCGGCUUCACCCCUGCCAGUGGUCACGCCCUUGGCCACAGCCCUCUCUCCACCAGCAGCCCCUCUCCUCAGCCCUAACGGCAAGGACGCCAAUUGCCCCCCACCACAACAACAACAACAACAACAUUGUCACUUAGUUGCACACAUAAAAGCGGAAGCCAACAGUUUGCCUCAGACCAACAACAGUCCAAAACCGCAACAGACACAGGCGUUGCUGCAGCCGUAUCCAGCUCCCAUUAUCACUGCUCAACAUCCGCCCCAGCAACACGCCCUACUACCCCAGCCGGCUCUACCCCAGCCCUCGCUGGGCCAGGUGCAGUCGAACCAGCCGCCCAGGACUAACGGAGCGUUUGUGGAUGAUGCACGCAGCCUAGAUGGGAAAAGGAGGCCGGGAGGUGCUGGAACUCGAGAAGUUCACAACAAGCUGGAAAAGAACAGACGAGCGCAUCUUAAAGAAUGUUUCGAGACUCUCAAGAGGAACGUUCCUAAUGUGGAUGAAAAGAAAACGUCCAAUUUGAGUGUCCUGAGGAGCGCCCUUCGCUACAUCCAGACGUUAAAACGAAAAGAAAAGGAGUACGAACACGAGAUGGAGCGUUUGGCACGGGAGAAGAUCGCCACUCAGCAGAGACUCGCCGAGUUAAAGAACGAUUUGAGCCAAUGUAUGGACGUCAUGGAGAUUGACAGGUUACUCAGACAGACGGUCCAACCCGAAGAUGACCAGGCAUCUACAUCAACAGCAUCGGAGGGCGAAGACAACUUCGACCAAGACGUAGAUGAAGACAUCCUCUCGUCCCCGCCCUUGUCUUCUGCUCCCAAACCGCCUGCGCCGCCCGAGCCCCGUGCUGCCAUGGCUCCGCCCACCAUCCUCUCCACGCACAUCUCCAUCCAACACAGACCGACCCCCCUGCCCGUUGCUUCAUCCAACCAGCCUCAGCCCGCCAUGGUCACCCCACAGGCAAUCGCACCCGCGCCCCCUUCUCACAUGGUCACCCCUCCUCAACCAACGGUCAUCACCCAUGCGUCUGUAUCUCACGCCUCUGUCAUCCAAGCCGUCAACCACGUCAUCCCAGCUGGGCCUAAACACUUGGCACACAUUGCGCCCUCUAAUGGCGGCCAGCCUAUCGGACACAUCACCAUGCAUCCGGUUGCCCAUCUCCCCGCUGCCAUUUAUCCACAGUCGGUGGCCGUCUCGCAGCCUACAGUGGUUGGGCACAUCACGCACACGCUAGCGCACCACACUCACGCCCAAGUUAAUGGCACUGCGACCCUGGCCCAGCAGGGUGCCAUGGUGGGGAAGCCCACGGCGGUGGUCGCCCAUCAUCACGCCGGGCUUAUGGGUCAGACGGUGCUCAAUCCAGUGACUAUGGUAACAGUACCCCCCUUUCCCGUCAGCACGCUAAAGCUGGCCUGAAAGUGAAAGACUUCAGCAUCGGUUGAAAGAGCUCUCUGUGGCAAGCCGCAAAGCGAGCAGCAGAGACUGAAGAUGAAACACACGAGCUAGAUGAUAAAAUCCCAUUUAAAGUUUCACUACAUCAGUAGGGUUUCAUUUAGGGGAUCGUCCUCUGGCUGUGUGAGGGAAAGGGGCUUGCGUGCCUUUGGCAUGCAGCUUAAGAUAUGAAUACGUGUAAUGCACUUCUUUAACUAAAUUAUGAGAUGGGUGCCAGUUUUUAGUAAUGUGAGUGCUAAAACAAAUCAAAUCUCUUCUUGUUCCCACUCUAUUUCAUGCUAUACUUUAUGUAAUUGCUCUGAAAUACAAGGCAAGCAGUCUGAAAAUGAUCGAAUGUUUCGCAAAAAAAAAAAAAAAACAGUGUUAAUGAGCGCUUAAAAGGUCAAAAUAUUGGAACCGUGCAAGGGAAACAUUUACUGUGUUACCAUUUUUAACAGGGGCUUUUAAAAUCUCUUUAAAUAGGGCUUUUGAAUCAAAGCAGGCAGGCAGACAUUCAGACUUCGAUUAGAUCAAGUUUCUUCAAGUUGUCUUGGUACACGAGAGAAAACGUCAAGUGCCUGAAACCCCGAAAUUGAGGCCAACUGUGCCACCUGCUGCCUACACGAUGCAACGAUAUUGGAUUCAUGCUGCGCAGAUCCAGCAGUGAAUGACAUCAUAGUACCACGAGAACACAGCGUUCGAAUCGCUCUCGCGGUACUUUGAAAUAAUGCUCGGCGCUGCACAAGUCACACAAAGUUCAACAAUUUCAAAUCUGAUAAAGAAACAUAAGCAUCUAAUUUCCCGGAAAUCGCACUAAAUACUACAAUAAUUAUACUUAUUAUGCGCAAAUCACACUUCAAAGUGUAAAAAACGGUACACUGCAUGCCGAGACGUCGGGCAUAUUAGCUUUAUUUUAAAUUAGCUACAUUAGCAACAUACAGCACACACUCGUGCUCACACAAAAUAACAAAUUUGUGCGCACGUGUCCGGUGCUGUCCACACUGUGUUUAUUGCAUUGCCCAGACGCGUUAAUUUGCCGUUUUUUCAUUUAUAAUUGAUUGUGUGAAUUGUCGUGUAGUUGGUGGCUUGUGUAUAAGCAUUUGGCUUUAGGAGGUUUAAAAACCCUGCUGAAAUAAUAAAAAGCCGAAAACCAGCUUUACCAAACUGGGAGGACAAGCUAAACCAGAUAAGACCAGCAGACCAGCUUAACUGUUUUAAGCAGGGACUCUUAGCAGUUUAAUGCUUGUGUCACAAGUUCUGUUAUUCUCACCAUUGCUUUCUAAAGGCACACGCUUGGUCUAACCUGCACAAAGUUUGCUGUCUCGCUCUGUUUUCUCGUCCAAAUGUGACAGUUUACUGCUAACGGAUUGGUAAACCCGACGAAGUAUGUGAAUUGUUGCUUUAUACUGUCACUUUCAAACUGAACACUGUGAUUUCUGCUCCUAUUAUCAUCACCCUGCUGCAAAACCCCAAAGCUGAGGUUUUUCUUAAAUUUUCUGUUGUAUGUGUUGACUUUGCCAUCUCCUUUUUGAGGAUGUGAAGAUAAAAUGAUACAAGCUGUGCUUCACAGACUCACCCAACAAACAAAAAUAGCAUAACAUUUGUGAAAUUUAUUAGUGUGUUUUUCUUUUUAAUAUAUGUGUAUGGAUGGAUGUAUAUAUGUGAGGUAUAUGCACGCAUUCACGUAUAGACGGUUUUACGGUGGCUGAAGUUAACUUCCGAUCUGUGUAUGUUUAACGGGCUGGCUAGUGGCUAAACUGACCUAUGGAACAAAUACCUUGUUGUUUUGGUUUCCUAAUGAAAGAUGAUCGGAGACCGUGGGCAAAGGUGAGGCAGCCAGACAAGAAUUCAAGGAUCUGGAGCUAACAUUGUAUACAUUAAUUUAAAACAAUAACGUUAGCUCGGUGUAGUAGUUGAUACGCUUUAGCAGAUGUCUACCAGAGGUUAAGUUUGGGCCACAAAAGCCAUUUAUGUAUGUUGUAGUUGAAACCGUCUAUAUGUGUAUGUAUUUUUAAGAUUAUACUGAUGCCUCGUUUCGCAUGUAGAUUUCAGUUUCUUGUUGGUUUAAAUGUUAACCCCCUCCCUCUUUCAUUUUUUGGGACCAUGUAUCAUACUGUAUGAUGUGGGCGGGACCGUUAGACCUCAUUCUACAUUGAUAUUAUAUAUGAAUAUAUGAAAAACGGUGCAUUUUCCCUAUGGAGAAAGUUUAAGUUAUAUAUAUCGCCUGUACAUUUUGGGCUGCAUUAAGAUCGAAUUGUCCAUCAUGUUUAACUGAAAUAAUAGUAAUACGACUUAUAAAAUAUGCUAGAUUACUACAAAAACAUAAUGACGAUUCAUA